CCGCCUUAGAGUCUCUUGUGCAGAGCAAACCGGUCAGCUGUUACAGUCGACGUGGGUAACAUUACCGGCUGUAAUUUUGUCGUCUACUCCUCUGACUUACCCAAAUUACUGCCCUUUUCUCAGUGAAUCAUGGAGAACCGAAAACGACCGUUAGAGGCAGUUGUGACCCCUAAUGACAGCUACCAAACGCCGGAGAAGAAAGUGUCACUGGUCCGGCUACUGGACUCGGACUACAUGCAAUGGGAAGUGGCGGAAACGUGUCACUACCUGCGAACAGAGGGUCUCGGAGAAUGGGAAGAUGCAUUUAGAGCUCAAAAAAUCACAGGUGUCGGGCUGCGGUAUCUCAGUGAUGCUGACCUGGAAAAGAUUGGCGUACAAUACCUUGGUGACCGUCUAAAGAUCCUACACAGCCUCAGGAAGCUGUGGCAGAUAGAAGCAGAGCCGAAUAAGGUGUUUAACGAUCCCAUCCACGGGCAUGUGGAGCUGCACCCUCUUCUCAUCAAAAUCAUUGACACACCUCAGUUCCAGAGACUACGAAACCUCAAGCAGCUUGGAGGGACCUACUUUGUUUUUCCUGGAGCAUCCCACAACCGCUUUGAACACUGCAUUGGGGUGGGUUACUUGGCAGGGCGUCUUGUACAAGCUCUGAAUCAGAGGCAGCCAGAACUCCUUAUCUCACGCAGAGACAUCCUUUGUGUGCAGAUCGCUGGUCUUUGCCAUGACCUGGGACAUGGGCCAUUUUCCCACAUGUUUGAUGGACAGUUCAUCCCCAAAGCACGUCCAGGAAUUGGGUGGAAGCAUGAGAAAGCCUCUCUAGACAUGUUUGACUACCUGGUAAAUGACAAUGGCCUGAAGCCGGUGAUGCAGCAGCACGGCCUGGUGCUACCGGAGGACCUGGACUUUAUAAAGGAACAGAUUGCUGGACCAUUGGAUCCCAGUGGAGCUCAAGGCAAGAAGUGGCCAUAUAAAGGUCGUCCAGAGGACAAGUCCUUCCUUUAUGAAAUCGUGGCCAACAAAAGAAAUGGCAUUGAUGUAGACAAGUGGGACUACUUUGCCAGGGACUGCUACCACCUGGGCAUCCAGAACAACUUUGACUACCGCCGCUUCCUAAAGUUUGCCAGGGUGUGUGAGGUGGACGGGCAGAAGCACAUCUGCACGAGAGACAAGGAGGUGGGCAACCUGUACGACAUGUUCCACACAAGGAACUGUCUCCACAGAAGAGCCUACCAGCACAAAGUGGGCAACAUCAUAGAGACUAUGAUCACAGAGGCCUUUUUAAAAGCAGACAAGUACAUCCAGAUUGAAGGCUCAGGAGGGAAGAUGUUCACUCUCUCCACAGCCAUAGAUGACAUGGAGGCCUACACCAAGCUGACAGAUCAUGUGUUUGAACAAAUACUCUACUCCUCCUCCCCGGAGCUGGCUGAAUCAAGGCAGAUUCUACGCAACAUCAUCUGUCGACGCCUCUACAAGUGUCUGGGCCAAACCCAGGCAAAGAAACCUGUGAAAGUAACCCGGGAGACGAUUCAAAGCUGGGAGGCAGAUCUGGCUCAAUCCAUCCCUCAGAGCAGCUCCCAGGAUGUCAGUCUGCAGCCAGAGGACUUUGUCGUUCAAGUCAUUUUUAUGGACUAUGGGAUGGGGGAAGAGAACCCCAUCAACAAUGUGCGUUUCUAUUGCAAGGAUGAUCUGACCACAGCCAUCCAGAUUCGCAAGAAUCAGGUGUCUAAACUUCUCCCAGAGCAGUUUGCAGAGCAGCUCAUCAGAGUUUACUGCAAGAAGACAGAUGACAGGAGUCUGGAGGCAGCCAAGAAGCACUUUGUCCUUUGGUGCAUAAAGAAAGACUUCUCAAAACCUCAGGACGGAGACAUAAUAGCACCUGAGCUGACGCCUCUGAAAGCCAGCUGGGCAAACAACAACGAGGGCGAGGAUGGCAAAGCUGGCAGCUCCAGGAGAGUAAACUGUGUAAAUGGACAUGAGAAAGCCAAAGUUCAGCUUUCAUUCCACUAAGAAAGAGGAAGAAAGCAAACACCCCCCUGUUACACAUUUGGUAGAUGAGACAGUGUUGAGUGAAAAUACAUGUAUGUUUCUACGAGGCGAGUGUGUUGGUGAGCACAGCAAAAAUGAAACAAACAAAUUCUGUUUAAAGAAUUUUUAAAAAAGGAUCCAUGGUGGCAUAUUCAGGGCCUGUACUCAGGGUGUUUACACAGAUCCCUCCUCAGUACCCUACACAUCUUUUGUUUUCAUUUGAUCAUUUUAAUCAGGAUUUUAUUUCGGACUCCAUUUGAAGCUUUAAGCUGAUUAUUGUUUUUUACUGUUUGCUAUCCAUUAGCACUGCUAUCAUGUGUUUGUAUCAAAAACAAUAAAUCAGGGUCAGAAUAUUUUAUUCUGAACAUGCAGUGUAUUCAGGGUGGUGUGUUUUUACAGCUGAUGUGUUUCAGGGCAUUUCUUUUGUUGUUUUCAGAUAAGAUUUUUUCCCCAUAACUUUCAGGCUUUUAUAUCAAAUAUGUAGUCAAAUAUUUCUGGGAGCGGUUUCUGACAUUUAAAGUGAGCAUUUGUUUUUACCUGACCUUACUUUUGACCUGACUUUGAAUGUAUUUAUUUUUCAGAGGUGUUUUCUGGUCGAGUGUGUUGUGUAGUGCUUUAUUUAUUCUCCUGACAGUACAGUAAGUAGCUCAGCUUGCCCUUCACAGAACCUACAGAUCUGUGCAACAUUUUAAAUGUAAUUGUGGAUACCAUUUAAAAUGUUUUCCAACUUGCCUGCCUCAUAGCUGGCUCUUUUAUUUUGCCAAUUGUGUACAAAAGAAGUAUAUUUUUGAAAGAAUGCAGCAAACAGAAAAUAACUAACUGGUUUGAGAAGAUUCUGUCAAAAGUAUUUCUAUAAAAAGGGGUUGAAAAUAAAAACUCUUUCUCUCA